AUGGAGAUGCAGUCGUACUACACCAAGCUCCUGGGCGAGCUCAAUGAGCAGCGCAAGAGGGACUUCUUCUGCGACUGCAGCAUCAUCGUCGAGGGGAGAAUUUUCAAAGCCCACAAGAACAUUCUUUUUGCCAACAGUGGCUAUUUCCGUGCGCUGCUGAUCCACUACAUCCAAGACAGUGGUCGGCACAGCACCGCGUCCUUGGACAUUGUUACGUCGGAGGCCUUCUCCAUUAUCCUGGACUUCCUUUAUUCAGGUAAGCUGGAUCUUUGUGGGGAAAACGUAAUUGAGGUCAUGUCUGCAGCUAGCUAUCUGCAGAUGACCGAUGUCGUCAACUUCUGCAAGUCAUACAUUCGGUCAUCGCUGGAUAUCUGCAGGAAAAUAGAGCGAGAAGCGGCCUUUUAUCAGGCCGACAGUGGGAGCUCCGGUUCAACUAGAGAGGGCACAUCCUAUGGUGUGAAGAGUCAGUGCUCAGCAUCAGUCUCGUCUCUGCAGGAGAAGGAAAGGGCUCCCGAUUGUCAGCGGGAUCCGCCCUGUGGAGCGUGUGGCAGCUGCCGCCCCAGUGAGCUUGUGGUGAGGGACCCUGUCAGCAGCGAAUGCCCGGAGGACUCGCACUCUUCUCUGCCCAAAGGGAUAGAACCCAAAGUAGAGUUUGAUGCGGACGAAGUGGAAGGGGAAGUCGGGGAGCGGCUCCAGCAGUACCCUGCCGCACUGACGAUCGAUCAGAUAGAGGAGGGGCUUCACCACGGCCAGGCGAUGGAUCUGGCCUGCAACAACUACCACAUGAAGCAGUUCCUGGAAGCCUUGCUGCGCAACAGUGCGGCCCAGAGGAAGGAGGACAUGGUGCACCACUUUGUCCGCGGCUUUGAGGGCAGGCCCGAGGACGCAGGCGUGCCCAUGAGCUCCAUGAUGGACAUUCACAGCGACUGGUAUGGGGAGGAUACAGGUGAUGUGCUGGUGGUGCCGAUCAAGCUGCACAAGUGCCCGUUCUGCCCGUACACGGCCAAGCAGAAAGGCAUCCUGAAGAGGCACAUCCGCUCCCACACGGGUGAGCGGCCCUACCCCUGCGAGACCUGCGGCAAGCGCUUCACGCGGCAGGAGCACCUUCGGAGCCACGCCCUGAGCGUCCAUCGGUCCAACAAGCCGAUCAUCUGCAAAGGCUGCCGGAGGACGUUCACAAGCAGCCUGUCACAGGGGCUGCGGCGUUUCGGCCUGUGUGACAGCUGCACGUGCGUCACGACGACGCACGAGGAUUCAAUGCCCAUCAACCUCAGCCUGAUAGAGCCCUCGUCAGAGGGUCAGGAAAAGGGCGAUCCGGACAACGACUGGCCCAUCUACGUGGAAUCCGGCGACGAAAACGAUCCGCCCGAGGAUGACGACCCAGACCCGGAUCCUGAUGACAAGCCGGGACUCCACCGAGGCGACGCGCUUAUGUAGCGGCACAGUCAGCAUCUGACGGCAGGACUCGGCAUAUUUAUCCAGAGCUUUUUAAAAAUGAGGUUCAGUUCCAUUUUCCUAGAACAGAGGGAAACUGUCGGACUAUCAAAAUCCAGAAAUGUCUUUUUAAUUUGUGUGGGCAUGUGCCAUGUCUGAGAGGAAUGUUACGUCCCAGGUGAGCAGAAGGCGUGCCUGGCGAUCUCGUGCGGUCCUUUGGCUGUGAGCCAAGAGGUGAGUGAGCCCCGGAAGAACCUAGAAUCUGCUACGCUCGUGCAGCAUAGUGACUCUGCCCUUUCUGCAGCCUGUCCCUGGGGCACUGGGCUUUGAGGUCUCUUCUGGGAGGCAUCAGGGUCUGGACUUUUCUAGAGCUGCAGCAGUCUCCUUUCUCUGAGGUUUUCUUCAUCCUCCAUUCUAAACUUGGAAAUGGGGAAUGGUUCUUGAUCAACACUGAGAGGAUGGAAGCUCCACUACUGAAAACUGCUAUCAGCAAAUCAUGGUCAACAUCAAAUCAAACAGCCAUGAAGAAAUGGCUCCAAUUUAUUGCGAUUGUUCAGGGUACCUUCUUUUUUAAAAUUACAAAUUGA